AUGACUUAAAAUAUCUUUUCACCUUUUAUCCCUUAGCGUUUAUUUUAAUAAAUAGAGGAGUUACUCAUUUCUGAAGAAUUUUAAAAACCUUAAAUUACUUCUGCGGAUGUUGUUGGAUGGUCAAAAAACAUUAUUAGAACUUGUGAGCAAUAAAAUAUUGUUGAGUACACUGGAUAAAUCUUUGGGGUUUUUUCUUAAGAUGUUACUAAAAACUUUAAAAACUACACUAAAUUACCUCCACAUUGGAGUGCGCUAGUAAGAUUAGACUUGAUGCUUUAUGGAAGUGUAGAUGCUGAUGAAGGAGAUUUUGCUGGAAUUAGCAUCGACUCAAAUACUAUGGAUAGAUAUACAAAAAAUGAUGUAGAUGGAUAUAGAAUUUGUUCAGAUUCGUCAAACUUUUGGGGUACACUAUAUAAUGAUGCUAUUUAUCCAUAUUAAAAAAAUGUUACUCACGCUAGUAGUUUUUUAGUGCUCAAAAUAGAUUCUCAAUUUACUGGAAAGAAUACAGCUCGUGAUUAUGAAGGCUAUGCAUUCAAACAUGUUUCAGUUUAUGUUGAUACAUGUUAUGAGAGUUGCUAAACUUGUAAUGGUCCCACUUCUAAUUAAUGUACUGCUUGUAUAGAUAAAGCAGUUUAAGUUAAUGGUGUAUGUACCUGCCCAGGUUAACUCUUUGCUUACAAUUUUGAAUGUGUUGCUGCUUGCCCUCUUGGUUAUGUAGGAAAUGUAGUAACCAAAAUAUGUGAAUAGUCUAAAUGCUUAAAUAACUGUAGCAAUUGUGUCAAUUAGUAAUGUACCAAAUGCAACUCUCCUUAUAAAUUAAUAAAUGGAGAAUGUGUUUCUGCAUGUCCUUCUUAUUCUACAGAUAAAGUAACCUAUUGUGAAGAUAAAAUGACAGGGUUAAAUUAUGGAGGAUAUGCUUUUAAAGGUCUUUAUUCUUCUAACUUUGGAGAUAGCGAAAUUUAAGGUUAAGGUUUGAAACUUGUAAAUUUUAAAAAUGGUGGUGCAACUUUUAGUAGCUGCUCAGGAGAAAGAUUUGUAGGUGGAUGGAAUGUUGCAGGCUCAGGGUCUGAGAUUAGAAGAGAGAUUGCUAACUUUAAACCUCAUUGGUCAAUAAGAAUAGGUUUUAAAUAUAUAAUGAUAGAUAAUUGGGCUAGUAGUGAAAAUAUUUAAGUGGUUUUAGAUAAUAAUAAAGUUAUUUCUACCAUAUCAAAAGCUUAAUCUAAUUAGGUAGGUAAUAUAUGUGGUAAUAAAAAUACCGAAGCAACAGGAGUCUAUGACUAUAAUAGCACUCAUAUAAGUUCUUCUCUUAUCAUUUCUAUUAAAACCAACUUAGAUUCUGGAAAAUCUCCUUUUGAAGCCUCGUUUGGAAUUAGAGAGUUGUUUAUUUUAGUCAAUUAUUGCUAAGAUAAUUGCCUUGAAUGCAACUAAAAUGGUUGCACAAAAUGUCCUCAAGGAACUUAUCUUUAUUAAUAUAAUUGUGGUACUUCUUGCCUAACUGAUCUAGGAUAUUGGCCUAAUGAUAAGACAAAUACUUGCGAUACUUGCUAAGGAAAUUGCUUAACAUGCGACACGGCAGCAACUUCAUGUUUAAAAUGCAAACCUGGAACAUACUUGUAUAACAAAUCCUGUUCAAACACGUGCCCAGAUGGAUACGCUCCAAAUUAAUCUACACUAACUUGCGAUAAAUGUCAUUAAAACUGUAAAACCUGCUCAAAUCCAAGUGAUGAUAGCAAAUGUACACAAUGCUAAGGUUCAAGAUUUUUGAGUGGAUCUUAAUGCGUAGAAAUAUGCCCUAAUGGAUAAUAUGGAGAAUUUAAUGGAAAUAAAUGUACACCUUGUAAUGCUAACUGCUUAACCUGUAAGGGUCCAACAAAUGCAGAUUGUUUAUCUUGUAACAUAAAUAAGCUAUAUUAACCAGAUAAUAAUACUUGCGGAACUAGCUGCAAAAGUAAUUAAUAUAUUAAUGGAACAAAUUGCACUCCGUGUGAUAAAACAUGCUUUACUUGCAGUAGCGGAACAGCAAAAGAUUGUAAAUCUUGCAAUAAUGGAUAUUUAUUUUCAAAUCAAUGUCUUACUUAGUGUCCAGACCAGUAUUACCCAGACUCAUCAGAUAAAUCAGCCUAGGUUUGUAAAUAAUGUAAUUCUUCUUGUUUUAAUUGUAAUGGACCAAAUUAAAAUUAAUGCACAUAAUGCAGUGGAGAUUUAUAUUUAAAUCCUGGUAACCUUUGUCUGAAAACUUGCCCUGAUGGCCAAUUCUAAAAUUCAACAAAUAACAAAUGUGAAACUUGUGAUUCUAAUUGUAAAACUUGUGCCACAGCGAAAAAUAAUUGCUUAUCAUGUAAUGCAAAUCAAUUUUUAGAUACAGAUGGAGUUUGUAAAGGUGCAUGUCCUUCAGGAAAGUGGACAAAUAAUACAACUAAAAAAUGUGAGUUAUGUGAUCCUAAUUGUAAAGCAUGUGAUGCAGCUAGCAAGAGUAAAUGCACUUCUUGUAACUCUCCAUUGUUUUUAGAUAAAGAUAAAAACAUAUGUGUUAAUUCUUGUCCUUCUUAAUAUUUUGGAAAUUAAUCAAGUUUACAGUGCUAGAAAUGUGAUACUACCUGCUAAGAAUGUACUGGAUAAAAUAGUAAUCAGUGCACUUAAUGUAGUGGCACUUUAUACUUAGAUGUUAAUACAUGUGUUGCUACCUGCUAACCAGGAAAAUUUUCUAAUUAAAAAACAAAUAAUUGUGAUCUGUGUGAUUAAACUCAAUGCAAAGAAUGUACUGGUUCUAGUACAAACUGUACAAAAUGUAAUACAAAUUUAUAUCUUAACAAUAAUAACAUAUGCUAAGCAAUUUGUCCUAAAGGAUAUUAUGCAAAUUUAUAAAAUGGAAAAUGCGAUUCUUGUAAUCCUAGUUGUGAAACUUGCUUCGGCCCAGGUUCAGAUUAAUGUACUAAUUGCAAAGGAGAUUUAUUUUUUGAUCCAAUUUCAUAAAAAUGUGUGAAAAAUUGUUAAUAAUAAUAUUAUGCUAACAAUGAAAAUAAUUAAUGCAUGUAAUGUGACAAGUCAUGCCUAGAAUGUACAGGUUCUCUUAAGAAUUAGUGCACAAAAUGUCCAGAUUAAAUCAUCCUUUUUAAUAAUCAAUGUAUAUCCAAUUGCCCUGACAAUUACUUUAAAGAUCCAAAUGCUUAUAAUUGCAUCAAAUGUGAUUCAAGUUGCUAUAACUGUAGUGACAGUACCCCAAAUUCUUGUACUCUUUGUAAAGGAGAUCUUUAUUUGACACCUUCAAAGCAAUGUCUAUAAGAUUGUCCAGAUGGAACAUAUAAGGAUAAUAAUAUUUGUAAAAAAUGUGAUUCAAGUUGCUUAACUUGCUCUGGACCAGAAAAAACUAACUGUUUAAGGUGUGGAGGUUUAACAUAUUUAGAAGAUAAUUAAUGUUAAUCAGAUUGUAAAAAUGGAUGGAAAAAUUCAAAUACAAACACCUGUGAUGCAUGCAACAGUAAAUGCUCUAAAUGCAAUGGUCCUGAUGAAAAUAAUUGUAAAGAAUGUCCUAGCGGAACAUAUCUUAAUACUUUAGAUAAUACUUGUGGUACUAAUUGCCCUCAAAAUUAUUAUCCUAACACAUCUAACAACAAAUGCACUUAAUGCGAUUCUUCUUGUAAAAAUUGCUCCAAUAGCGGAUCGGAUAAAUGCACAGAAUGCUAAGGCACUUUAUUUUUAAAAGAUGGUAAAUAUUGUUCACCUAAUUGUAAUGAUAAUGAGUAUGGUAACUAAGCAAAUAAUAUAUGUGAGCCUUGUGAUUCUAAAUGCAAAACAUGCAAAGAUAUUGCUGAUCAGUGUACUGGCUGUAAUUCAGGAACUUAUUUAAAUGAUAAUAAAUGUGAAACAAAUUGCCCUGAUUCUACAUUUAAAAAUGAUAAAUCAAAUAUUUGUGAAAGCUGCCACAAUUCAUGUAAAACUUGCUCUGGCCCAUCUAAUUCUGAAUGUAACUCUUGUGGAGUAGAUACUUUUUUGGAUAAAACUAAAAAUACUUGUGUUCCUUAAUGUCCAAGUAAAUAUUUUGGAGAUUCUGCUACAAACACAUGUUUGAAUUGUGUUGAAAAUUGCGAUUUAUGCUCUGAUGAUAAAAUAUGUUAAAAAUGUUCAAUUGGAUUCUUCUUGCAUAAUGGUUCAUGCGUAGCUUAAUGCCCAACUAAAUACUUUAACGAUUUAAACAAUUAAUAAUGCUCUCCUUGCUCUUAGAAUUGUUAAACUUGCUUUGAUGCUACAAGUAAUGGAUGUUUAACAUGCGUUUCAGGGACAUUUAAAAAUUAAGAUAAUAGUAGUUGCUUACAUGAUAACGAAUGUCCAUCUGGUAAAUAUCCAGAUUUAAAUACUCAGAAAUGUGAAUCUUGUUUUUCAACAUGUUCUGAAUGCACAGGAAAGGAUGAAAAUUAAUGCAAAAAAUGCAUUUAAGAUAAAUUAUUUUAUAAGGGGGAGUGUUUGAAAUAGUGUCCAAGUAAUACUUAUAUAUUUGAUAAUUAAUGUAUUGACUGUCACAAGUCUUGCUCUACAUGUUCUGGUAGCUCGCAAUUCUAAUGUUUAACAUGCCCUACAGGGUUUCUUUAAGAAGGAAGUUGUGUUGACUAAUGCAUUUAAAAUUAUUAUCCAGCUACAAAAAAUGGGUAGUAAGUCUGUCUAUAAUGCUAUGAAAAGUGCUCUAAAUGUAAUGGUCCAGAUUCAAAUAAUUGUACUGAGUGUCCAUCAAAUUCAUUCAUGAACUAAAACUAAUGUGUAGAAAAUUGCCCUGUUUAACACAUUUAUGAUGUUUAAAGAGUUUGCUAAAAAUGCACAAAGGCAAUUAAGAAUAACAAAUGUGUAGAGGAGUGUGCUUAAAAUGAAUAUUUAGACUAAGCAACCUUAUUGUGCUAACCUUGUGCAGCAUAGUGCCAAACUUGUUAUGGACCUACUACAGACGAAUGUAAAAAAUGUUCAGAUGGAAACUUUUUAGAUGCUUAAAAAAACAAAUGUUCAUAAAAUUGCCCAGAUAAGUACUUCCCUAAUAAAUAAAAAAAUCUUUGUGAGGUCUGUGAUCCUAAGUGUAAUACAUGCAGUAACUCAGGUGAUUCAAGCUGUUUGAGCUGCAAUAGUCCUUUGGUAUUAUUGGAAGGUAAAUGCUUAAAAGAUGCUCCUCCAGGGUAUUAUAAAGAUAAAGAUGAAUUUAAAAAAUGUCAUGAAUCUUGCAAGACUUGUGAUGGACCUAGUUCAAGCGAUUGUUUAUCUUGUCCUUAAGAUAUUUUUAUUUUAGAUAAAAAAUGCUUCAAUCAAUGUCCUUCAACUUAUUUUAAAAAUGAAAGCAAAAUGGAAUGUUCUAAAUGUACAGGUUAAUGCAAAGAAUGCUAGAGUUAAGAUUAUUGCUUAAGUUGUCAAAAUAAUUAAUUUGCUUUUAAGGGUAGUUGCUUAGCUAGUUGUGACCCAAUUCUUACAUUUUAGGAUGAAAAAUAAAAGCAAUGUAUCUAGUGUCAUUCUAGUUGCAAUUCCAACGGGUGCUUAGGACCUGAUAAAGGUGACUGUGUUAAUGUUGGAGCAAGUGGAUUUGAUUUACUUAUAGUUAAGAUUUUGAUAUUUAAAACUGGACUCUGGGUAUUUUCUUCAGGCUUAGGCGUAAUUUUAGACUAUAAAAAUUCAUAAUCUUUUGGUAAAUUUGGAUAAGUCAGACCAAGAGAUAAAUAGCUCAGUAUUCAUGUUAGUGAUAAUCAGGUAAAAGAAAUUAUUCAGAGAGAAAGAAAGGAUAUGGAUUUCUAAGGCACGUAAUUGAAUGUUAAUACAUCUCCAAAUAGGAGAAAAAGAAAUAUUUUAUCCCGUGCGUCAAUGAUCUAAAUAUUACCAUCUGAAUAAACUACUGCUAAUAAAACUGCAUUUGGAGACUAUUAAGAAGCUGAAUCUCCUACAAAAAAAAGUUCUUUAAACUUCUCUUCUGCAAAUAUAUAGAGCUAGCUUAAAAUAUUACCUAUCUAAAGUUAUUAGAAUGAAAUAAAUCAUUCUCCAACUUCAAGAAGCCCACACAUAAGUAGCACUGAAAACUAAUUAAAUUUUAAUGAUUUCAAAGCCAAAGCAAGACCUGUCAAAAAAUCAACUCUAGCCAAAAUAAGCCAAGGAUUGCCUACAUUCUAAAACAUUGAAGAUUAAGUGAGUUCAGAUAAUCGUUUUUAGUAAUAAUCUGCAAAGGAUAUUGAUUCAAUUAUUUAAACAAAUCAACAAGAAAUAAAAACAAUUAGUUAUCCAAGAAAACUUUAUUUCACAAUGAUUGGCAAUGAAAUGCUUUCUAUAAUAACUAUAUAUGACCCUAAAAGAAGCAGAUUGUUUAGGUCUGCAAUGCUUUAUCUAAAGUAUUUGGCUCUUUUCUUUAUGACCUAUAUCUCUUAAAAUGUAAAUUUAUUAAUUUCAAUUAUUUUUUAAACGACGAGAUUAUUAAAAUAAAAGAAAAAUUAUGGAGUAGCAGCUCUUGGACUUUUAGCUGUAAUUGCAGGUAAAGGAAUCUUAUAAAAUGCAUUAUCUUAAGUUGGGUUGUGCCUUAGAAAAGCAGGUUUACUUUCUUUAGCUUUUGUAAUGAUUCUUUCAGGAUCCGAUAUAUAUUUCUGGUUCUUGCCCAAAAUCCAGUAAAUGAGUCAAAAUUUAGAUAUGAAGUGGUCUUUCACUUACAUCCUUCUAUUUACAUCAGACUUUUUAAUAAUCUAAUCUUUCAUUUCUUUUAUUAGCUAUAUUGUAACAAUUAGAUCUAACUUUGUUAAUAACUCAAAGCUUUCAAACAUUUUACUAAACUUUUUCUUUUAGCAACCUGCUUUGUUACAAAAUAAAAAUUGA